UAUAUAGGGACUGUUAACCAGGUUCCAUAGGGCUCUAUAUAGGGACUGUUAACCAUGUUCCAUAGGGCUCUAUAUAGGGACUGUUAACCAUGUUCCAUAGGACAUAUAUUGUCUCUCAGGACCGUUCAGACAUUAUUUUCAGAAGAAGAUUAUCAUGAUGAAACAACCCAGACUAGAAUUGAUACGACCCAGUGCUCUCACCAUCACUCUGCGCAUUGAUGUCAAUAUACCCGGCAGGGAGGUAAUUAUUCUCCUUCACUAAUUGGAAUAAGUUAAUGUGUCAUUCAAACAGCUGUACAAGUCAUUCAGAACUACGGACAACCAGCACGCAUCCAGAGUGAAAUAUCUAGGAUCCGACACAACGGCCGUUUCACUUCAGCACCGUGGAUUGAAUAAAACCACUAUUGCUCGCACUCGCGUGGUUAUUGUGACACUGCUCUGUAUACCAGUGUCCUUAUUGGUUACAGAGAGGAACCUGUCGUUGCUUUCUACCUCCAGACCUGAAACCCUGCGAGCUUUAAGACCGUGCUGUACUCCAACAGGCAACAUCUGUCCUCUGCGCUGUGAAUCGCGCUCGGCUUCCAGUCCGUUUCUACACGCUCGGUGAUCUGACACACACAGCGCGGCUAGAGCAAGGAGACGUCUCCAACGCAGCACCAUAUUGAUGACAGAGUGACAGGGAUGGGAUGCGAGGAGAAGACAUUAUCCCGCUGCUGUUCUUUAUAAGCGGACCUAUAUCAUGAGGAAAACUGGAGCUACGCGUGCAAACUACAACAAAUAAGACGGAGAGAGGCUGCAAAAUGCGCCAUGGGUUAGCUUUAUUUCUCGUCAUAACUCUGUGUGGCAGCCUGUUCUUUAUCUACCACGCUGGUUUCCAUGGUACCACCAACGCGGCCGUGGCGGGGAGGUCCAGAGACGGGAGUGAUGUAGCGAGAAGAAGAUGGCAGACUGAGCAGCAGCAGACCACCAGAACCCCACCUCCUCACCCUACAGUCCUACAGGGAUACAGCGGUAUCAUCGACCACAAGCCUCUGAAAAUGCACUGCCAUAGCUGUGCGUUGGUCACCAGCUCCGGUCACCUGACGGGUGGUGGUCGCGGCGAGGAGAUCGACCGGGCGGAGUGUGUCAUCCGUAUGAACGACGCCCCCACGGCGCUGGGGUACGGGCGAGAUGUCGGGCGCCGCACCUCGCUACGCGUCAUCGCCCACUCCAGCAUGCAGAGGGUCCUACGGAACCGCCACGAACUGCUCAACACAUCCCAGGACACAGUGUUUAUCUUCUGGGGGCCCAGUAGUUACAUGCGACGGGAUGGGAAGGGUCUGGUCUACAAUAACCUGAGGUUGAUGAACCAGGUGUUGCCCAAACUAAAGGUCUACAUGAUCUCCAGGCAGAAGAUGUUGCAGUUCGACGAACUCUUCAAGAGGGAGACGGGAAAGGACAGGCGUAUCUCCAACUCGUGGUUGAGUACUGGUUGGUUCACUAUGACCAUAGCUCUGGAGCUGUGUGACCGGAUCAAUGUCUAUGGCAUGGUGGCUCCUGACCACUGCAGAGAGCCCCAGCCCCCGUCCUCCCCCUCCCCCUACCACUACUACGAGCCCCUCGGUCCAGAGGAGUGUGCCAUGUACAUCAGCCAUGAGCGAGACCGCAGGGGCAGCCAUCACCGCUUUAUCACGGAGAAGAGGGUCUUCACCAGCUGGGCUCGCACCUUCAACAUCCACUUCUACCAGCCUGACUGGGAACCCCCGCCGCUGACCCCCGUCGCUGACCACCGCUAACCGCUGACCCCCGCUAACCGCUGACCCCCACUGACCCCUGCUAACCACUGACCUCCGCUAACCACUGACCCCUGCUAACCACUGACCCCUGCUAACCACUGACCCCCGCUAUCCACUGACCUCCGCUAACCACUGACCCCCGCUAACCACUGACCCCCGCUAUCCACUGACCUCCGCUAACCACUUACCUCCGCUAACCACUGACCUCCGCUAACCACUGACCCCCGCUAACCACUGACCCCCGCUAACCACUGACCUCCGCUAACCACUGACCCCCGCUAACCACUGACCCCCGCUAACCACUGA